AUUAUUCUCUGUUACAGAAUAUGUAGCUCUCUCUUUAUGAAAUGUUCCUUGCAAAACAAUCUUGCAUCAUGAAAACUAGCACUGCAUAGCUACCGUCCAAGACCAAAGGCUCAGUAAUUAAGAAUGUGGAAAACAGUACCUGUGUCACGAGAUGGUGCUUGUCCAGGAGACUUCAUGCUUCAGAGUGUGAGCUAUCCUCAUGUGAAGCUGGGGCAAGAAUUCCCUGGGGUGUCUUUCCGAGGUCACCUCCGCUCUCUUCCAAAACUAACGGAGAUAACGAGCUCUUCCCAUGCAAGUCAUGGCAACCAUAAAGAAAACAGCCCUUUCCUCAACAGUUCAGAAGCCAACAAAGGAGGUGAUUACUAUGACAAAAAUCUGGCCUUGUUUGAGGAAGAACUUGAUAUACGACCAAAAGUGUCAUCUCUGCUUGGCAAGCUGGUCAACUACACUAAUCUUACCCAAGGUGUUAAGGAACAUGAAGAAGCAGAAAACACUGAUGGUUCCAAGAAGAAAGUAUCAAAAUCACCCAGCAUGGGCACCCUGAUGGGAGUGUAUUUACCUUGCAUGCAGAACAUCUUUGGGGUUAUUCUCUUCCUUCGGCUGACUUGGAUGGUAGGAAUGGCUGGUGUUCUUCAGUCCUUCCUGAUUGUAUUACUCUGCUGCUGCUGUACUAUGCUGACAACCAUAUCAAUGAGUGCUAUUGCUACAAACGGUGUUGUUCCAGCUGGUGGCUCCUAUUUCAUGAUAUCCAGGUCAUUAGGCCCAGAGUUUGGUGGAGCUGUAGGGCUGUGCUUUUAUUUGGGAACAACAUUUGCAGGAGCGAUGUACAUUCUUGGUGCCAUUGAGAUUUUAUUGACAUAUAUUGUGCCACAAGCAGCAAUUUUUUAUCCAUCCGGUGCCCAUGAUGCAUCCAGUGCUAUGCUAAACAACAUGAGGGUGUAUGGAACUGUAUUCCUCAUCUUAAUGGCAGUGGUGGUCUUUGUAGGUGUGAAAUAUGUUAACAAAUUUGCUUCCCUCUUCUUGGCCUGCGUAGUAAUAUCCAUAUUAUCCAUUUAUGCUGGAGCUAUCAAGUCCAUCUUUGAUCCACCUGAAUUUCCAAUUUGCAUGUUGGGCAACAGGACUUUGAUCAGAGAUCAGUUUGAUGUUUGUGCCAAAACCAUAGUUAAGGAUAAUAUCACCGUGGCUUCUAAGCUUUGGGAGAACUUCUGCCACAAUACAAACUUAACCACUGAGAACUGUGAUGAAUACUUCCUACUGAACAAUGUUACAGAGAUAGCAGGCAUUCCAGGAGCUGCUAGUGGCAUUUUAAAAGACAACUUAUGGAGCAAUUAUUUGGAGAAAGGAGAGAUACUGGAGAAAGCACAUCACCCCUCUGUUGAUGUAGCAGGCCAGAAGAGCAGUUUUCAUCUGUAUGUGCUUUCAGAUAUAUCUACUUCAUUCAUGGUGCUGGUUGGCAUCUUCUUCCCAUCAGUGACAGGCAUCAUGGCUGGUUCAAACAGAUCAGGGGACCUCAAAGAUGCACAAAAAUCCAUUCCUGUUGGAACGAUUCUUGCUAUCGUCACCACAUCAUUAGUCUACUUCAGUUGUGUGUUGUUAUUUGGAGCCUGCAUAGAAGGUGUAGUCCUAAGAGAUAAGUACGGCGAUGCAGUGAACAAGAACUUAGUGGUGGGCACCCUUUCAUGGCCCUCUCCGUGGGUCAUUGUGAUCGGGUCCUUCUUUUCCACCUGUGGAGCAGGUCUGCAGAGCCUUACCGGAGCCCCCCGGUUGCUGCAGGCAAUAGCAAAGGACAACAUUAUUCCUUUCCUCUGGGUUUUUGGUCAUGGCAAAGCAAACGGCGAACCAACAUGGGCUCUUCUAUUAACAGCAUUAAUUGCUGAGCUGGGAAUUCUUAUUGCUUCCCUUGACAUGGUGGCUCCCAUUCUCUCAAUGUUUUUCUUGAUGUGUUACCUCUUUGUUAAUCUAGCAUGUGCAGUACAAACGCUUCUUAGAACUCCAAACUGGCGGCCCCGAUUUAAAUACUAUCACUGGGCGCUCUCAUUUUUAGGCAUGAGUAUUUGCCUGGCACUGAUGUUCAUUUCAUCUUGGUAUUAUGCUUUGGUAGCUAUGCUAAUUGCAGGAAUGAUUUACAAGUACAUUGAAUAUCAAGGUGCAGAGAAGGAAUGGGGUGAUGGUAUCCGGGGUCUUUCACUCAGUGCUGCAAGAUAUGCCUUACUCAGACUGGAGGAGGGUCCUCCACACACAAAGAACUGGAGACCUCAGUUGCUGGUGCUUUUGAAACUUGAUGAAGACUUGCAUGUAAAAUACCCAAGAUUGUUAACGUUUGCAUCCCAGCUGAAAGCUGGCAAAGGUUUGACUAUUAUAGGAUCAGUCAUCCAAGGGAACUUCUUGGAAACUUAUGGAGAAGCCCAGGCUGCUGAACAGACUAUUAAAAAUAUGAUGGACAUUGAAAAGGUGAAAGGAUUCUGUCAAGUAGUUGUAGCCAAUAAAGUUCGGGAAGGAAUUGCCCACUUGAUCCAGUCCUGUGGGCUCGGUGGCAUGAAACAUAAUACUGUGGUUUUGGGAUGGCCGUAUGGAUGGAGGCAAAGUGAAGAUCCAAGGUCAUGGAAGACGUUUAUAGGUACUGUUCGUUGCACAACUGCAGCCCAUCUGGCUCUGCUGGUUCCCAAAAAUGUGUCUUUCUAUCCCAGCAACCAUGAGCGUUACAAUGAAGGCAACAUUGAUGUGUGGUGGAUUGUGCAUGAUGGAGGCAUGUUGAUGCUUCUUCCUUUUCUACUCAAACAGCACAAAGUUUGGAGAAAAUGCAAGAUGAGAAUUUUUACUGUGGCUCAGAUGGAUGACAACAGCAUCCAGAUGAAGAAGGAUUUGGCUACUUUCCUCUACCAACUCCGAAUAGAGGCAGAGGUAGAAGUGGUGGAAAUGCAAAAUAGUGAUAUUUCAGCAUAUACUUAUGAGAGAACUCUUAUGAUGGAGCAGAGGUCUCAGAUGCUGAGGCAAAUGAGGCUGACAAAAACAGAGCGGGAAAGGGAGGCUCAGCUUGUAAAGGACAGACAUUCAAUAGCACGUCUGGAAAGCUUGUACUCAGAUGAAGAAGAUGAGGGGGACACUAUGCCUGAGAACAUUCAGAUGACCUGGACGAAAGAGAAAUGUGAUGCUGAGAAGCGGAACCGAGGCAGUGCUGUGGGAAGCUUUAGAGAUCUCAUCAGCAUUAAACCGAACCAAUCUAAUGUCCGAAGGAUGCACACAGCAGUGAAGCUGAAUGAAGUCAUUGUUAAUAGAUCCCAUGAUGCCAGACUCGUUCUCCUUAAUAUGCCUGGUCCUCCGAAGAACACUGAUGGUGAUGAGAACUACAUGGAGUUUCUUGAAGUUUUGACUGAGGGUCUGGAGAGAGUAUUACUUGUCCGAGGAGGUGGCCGAGAAGUCAUCACAAUUUACUCCUGAUUUAGUGCAAAUUUCUAAUGCUGGCCUACAUUUACCUUAUUGGUGAUAACGGACAUUCCAGUUUUAAUGGGAGAAGAAAAAAAGGUUUUUCUGCCUAACUUUCUCCUCAUCCAGUUCUCUUCAUUGUCUUUCCGUUUGCAACAUACAUAUCUUUUGGGGUUAAAGUGUUGGUACACCAUCCAAUUAGCAACAUAAUUUAAUUGUGAAGCUGCCACAUUAUUCAGUUUCUGCUUUGAUACUCCAGCAUUUGUGCAUGUAGUUUUACCAUUAAACCUAUUUUUGGACAACACUGCCAUGUGCAGUAUUUUUAGUAACUGUAUGUAAAGUUAGGACAUGAAAGCCAGUUACUGUAAAAAGAUUUUAAAAGCUUUUUAUAUUAGGUUUGGGGAAUAGAAUAACAUUAUAUAGCAGCUAGUUUCUGCUGAAGUUCAGCUAUAAAGCAUUUUCUAAGAGCACACUAAAUUGUAAGAGAACUGAAAAAGCUUUUUUUUUUUUUUUCUGGGUUUAUUUCCAGAACUAAACUCUCAGUAUUGGAUAAGAAUUUAUACUUUUAAUACAUUUAUUGAUAGAGAUUUAAAUAAAUUAUGUUGAUAUAGUUGGAAUUAUGUAUGUAGCUUGCUACAAAUUGUGUUGCUUCUGAGACUUGAGGUUCUGUGAGGCCAGAUCCCUAUUUAUUUUUGUAUUUAUUUGUCAGAAAUAAUGGAUACCCAAGGCUGCUUAGGAAUACAGAGAUCUCAUAAAUUUUGAAUCAUCAGUUGAUUGAAGGACCAGUCCUGUGCAGUUCCUCCAUGCUUUAAGUUUCUUGCAGGCCAUCCGUCAAAGUACAUUGAACAUGUUGGAGUCCCGUGUGCAGAGCCAAGUGCUGUGCUACAUGCACAGUGAUGGGAUUGCAUUUGCACAAGUACAAGGGACCUGCUGCUUCAUUGUGUGCUUUAUGUUCUUAGAGGAAAAAGGAAGAAAAGAUGACCUUUAUAAACCAAUAAGUCUCUGGAGAUUUUGUCAAGCCCAUUGAGUUGUACUUUAUGUACAGAACAUUCGUAUUUUUUCAAUAAAAUGUUGCAUAUACUUUGAACCUA